GCUCAGCGCGCAGUUGAAAUGUGUUGUGCAAACACGGAAAAGUUAGUUCCAUCUGCAGCUUCGUGCAGUCAUCUCGUGAAAAGAUGACUUAUCCGUGCAUUGUGAAUGUGUUGACGGUGUUUUUUAUUUUAGCAUCAGUCUACGGUGAUGACUGCUUUGAUUGUGUCCAGAAAGGUGACUUCAAGCAUGGGGUGCCAUCAAUGACAGAUUCAAAUGAACACCCAGUAUAUAGGAAGCGGCAUUUUUUUAUUAUAAUACCAAUUGGCCUUCUUGUGGUACUUUGUAAAUGGUGUCUGUACUGUUGCUGCAAGCGCCGAAGAGGAGCAAUACCGUAUAGGAAUGUGGAGGAAGUAACAGUCACUGUCACACCAGAAACAAGACAGCCAUCAACAAGUGGAAGCUUGACACAUCCUCAGAACUUCCAGCAGCAACAGCAGCAGCAGCAGCCACAGCCAUUGCCAAGGUCCCUCUAUAAUCCAUUUCAGCCUAUACCACUACCACCUCCACCACAAAAAAAUGUUUCAUCAACUCAACCUGCAGGUGAAGAUCAACCGCCAUCAUAUAGUGAAGCAUGUGGCAUGCAACUUCCAAACAAACCGUUUUAUAAAUAAUAAAUUAUUGACUGCAAGUUUAAUUUACAUAGGUAUUGUUGGUAUGUUGUUUGAAGGGAGAACAUUUUCAUAUGUUGUGCCAUUCAUUGAAGUGACCAGUAUUUUGUCAUCAAGCUAUUAAGUUCUUAUUUGUGUAUCACAUAAUUAAAAAGGUACCUAUGCAGC